GUUCGAACGGAGUUAUCUGGAUGGAAAAAUACUUUUAGGUUAUAUCAUAGACUAACCUUUAUCUAUGGUUAUAUCUUCUUUAUUAUUAUAAUUAUUUUGUGUUUGCAUUUUUAUGUUCAUUAAUAAUUUCUUCAUUCCCCAUCUCAGCCUACCAGUGAUACCAUAUCCAUAAGUUAGCAAGUGAUGUGGUGUGAGGUUGGAGUACUCCUAGAUUAAAUCACGGUUAUUGUGAUUCACACUGAAAUAAAUUGUUUACCGGUAGGUUAUCUCCAUUGUAUGAAGAUGAAUCACAAGCCUAAAGAAAAUGUGGAAAACACCAUUUUUGUUGGAAAUAUUCCAAAAGAAACAAUGGUGAAAGAGUUGAAAAAGGUUUUCAGAAAGUUUGGUCCUAUUAUCAAUCUGAGAUUUAGAUGUGCGAUUCGCAAAGACCCUAAAAUACCCAAGAAACAGGCAGUGAUAAAAAAAGAUUUUCACGAAGAAAGUAACCACAUAAAUGCAUUUAUAAAAUUUCAAACCUCUGAUAGUUGUAUGGAGGCUCUUAAAAUGAAUGGUGAACUAUUUGGAGGACACCAUUUAAGAGUAACAUUGGCCGAAGAUUCAGGAAAGACUGAAGGGAAGAAAAGUGUAUUCAUUGGAAACUUGGCUUUCAAAGCACAAGACGAUGAUUUGUGGAGUGCUUUUGAAGAUUGCGGAUGCAUUGAAAGUGUCCGUGUUGUUAGAGACAUUAAAACUGGAAUUGGAAAAGGUUUUGGUUAUGUUAAUUUUAAGUCUGAAGAUGCCGUGGAGUUGGCUUUGAAAUUAAAUGGGACACCCAUCUUGGACAGAAAUAUUAGAGUGAGCAGAGUAGCACAAAUGAGCAGUGGCAAGUCCAGAAAAGACAAUGCUAUAAAGAGAGUGAAGAAAAAAUUGAAGAUCAAGAAAGAAUACCACGCACCUUCAUCCGAGCAAGAUGAACAUGGAAAGAUUAAAGUUUGGGAAAAAGUCAAAACUCAAAAUGACUAUCAAGGCCAAAAAAGCAAACCAUCGCAUCAGAAGAAGGUCAAAAAGAAGAAAAAGUUUGAUAAGAAGGCCGCAUUUAUCAAACAAAUUGCCCAAGGUUUAUCCAAGAAAAAUAAAUAAUUUGUAUCCAA